CGCGCGCGACCCCGUUUCCGAGACUUCCGUUCGGCUUAUCUGUUUCGAUUCAGGGGCACCCAACCUUUGCCGUUGUUAUUGGAUGGGAUAGACACAAGCACCACAGCAUCACGAUUGAGCAGGCACAUUUUUUCCCGCCCAAGAUCGCAUCCCGGCCCGACAACUCGAAUAGGCACAGCUCUUCGAUCUCUGGCUCCGAUUUUGAAAGCUGGAAUUGACGCUGUGCGACGACGAGACGACAAAGAUGGACCUGCACGAGGUGCAGACGCACCUGAACGAGUGGCUCCAAGAGGCCUCGGCCGCCUUCCAGAAGGUGCCCGGCUCGGCCGUCCUCAUCCGCUACGUUCGCUCCAGCUACCAGAACGACCCGGUACGCUCGGCCAUCGAGCUCGUGCUGGUUAUAUUUUUUAUUCGAUACCUGCUUUCGCCGAGCUACUCGACAUCGAAGCAGAAUUAUGUCAAGUUGACUGAGGAUGAAAUCGACGAGCUUGUCGAGGAAUGGACGCCUGAGCCGCUGGUGGCACCAGUUACUCCCCAGCAGGAGGCCGAACUGGAGAAGCUCCCCGUAAUUGUCGGACCGACGGGCCCGAAAUCGAAGCUCACCAAUGGCAAGACGGUCAUGAACCUCGCGUCGUACAACUUCUACAACUUCAACGCCAACGACCAGAUCAAGGAGAAGGCCAUUCAGACCCUUCGCACCUACGGUGUCGGCCCCUGUGGCCCGCCCCAGUUCUACGCCACCCAAGACGUGCACAUGAAGCUAGAAGCCGACAUUGCCUCGUACCUGGGUACCGAAGGGUGCAUUGUUUACGCGCAUGCGUUCUCCACCAUCACGAGCGUCAUCCCGGCCUUCUGCAAGAGAGGAGACAUCAUCGUCGCGGACAGGGGUGCCAACUACUCGAUCCGGCGCGGCCUCGAGAUUUCGCGCAGCAACGUCAAGUGGUAUAACCACGGCGACCUGGAUGACCUCGAAGAGGUCAUGCGCAAAGUGGUAAAGGAGCAGGCUGGCAAGAAGCUCACGCGGCGGUUUAUCGUCACCGAGGCGCUGUUCGAGACAACGGGAGACAUGAACGACCUACCCAAGCUGAUUGAACUCAAGGAGAAGUACAAGUUCCGCCUCAUUCUCGACGAGACCUGGUCGUUCGGUGUGCUGGGUCGCACCGGCCGUGGCCUGACGGAGGCGCAAAACGUGGACCCCUCGCAGGUGGAUAUGAUCAUCGGCUCGCUCGCGGGCCCGCUCUGUGCGGGUGGUGGCUUCUGCGCGGGCACCAAGGACGUAGUUGAGCACCAGCGGAUCACGUCAACAGCCUACACUUUCUCAGCGGCCCUGCCAGCCAUGCUCGCAGUCACGGCCAGCGAGAGCAUCAAUUUGCUGCAAUCGAACCCGGAGAUUCUGCUACAGUGCCGCGAGAACAUUCGCCUCAUGCGCGCCCAGCUUGACCCGCGCAGCGACUGGGUCGUGUGCACCAGCGCGCCUGAAAACCCCAUCAUGAUCCUGAUCAUCAAGCCCGAGGUCGUCAAGGCCCGCCGGCUGAGCAUCGACGACCAGGAGCGGCUGCUGCAAGAAUGUGUUGAUGAGGCGCUCGCAAACGGCGUGCUCAUUACCCGCCUGAAGACCAUGCCCAUUUCGCAGCACACCAGCUUCAAGACUAAUAUCUACACCGUCACGCCCGCACUCAAGGUGUGUCUCACCUCGGGCCUGUCCAAAAAGGACAUCGAGAAGGCGGGCGUGACCAUUAGGCACGCCAUCACUAAGGUUAUGACCCGUAAGACAAACAAUAAGCUGGGGGUGCCGGCAGCGUAGAAUUGCGGCGGAUGAGUUGUUGUUGUCCAAUUGGGAAUGAGGUAUUAAUGAAGGCUGGCGUUGCCUGGAUAGAUAUAUUUGUUAAUUGCAGGUGCAGCGCGACCCUCUGGGGGGCAUGUGGAUGGAUAUGACGCUUUCGAAUGCGAAACGUGGGUAAUGGACGAGGCCGCAAGUGAUAAUAUGUAAUGCAAUACAUAGACUAAUUAAGCAAACUGGAGAUAGCACC